AUGCGACCGGCUCUUCUCCGAUUGUUGAAGAGGCCAUCGGCGCUCUCAGUCCUUGAAUCCUUAAUAUCGUCUCCGCCUGUCAUCGAGCACUUGGAACCCCAGCUGCAUGAAAAAUGCCUCCGUUGCUACUCGUCCGCGUUCAAGCCGUUGUUUCGCCAGGCCCGACGGUCACGGCCACCGCCGCCAAAGAAUGGAGCUUCCAAUAAAUCGAAGAGACUUUCGAAGAUCCGCUUGGCCCCCAUUGAGCCUCACCCAACGAGUGAUGCGAAAGACAACGACUAUGCGAGUAUUGGGAAUAAAGUACUAGGACCCUGGAAAGACCUAGGGUUACAUCCAGAAAGACUGGAGUACGAAUCCGACGUUGGACAUACCCACGACAUCGGCACUCGCCUGGUGGAUGAUCCCGCUCAUAGAGACGAUAUUAGUCUUUGGCUAGAAUUGCUUCGGUACCGGCAACGGCACUAUGGGGACAAGGGAGUCUUGCAGAUCUGGGAGGGAAUGAUGAAGCGGGUCGGCGGGCUACAGCUCCCUGUAGAAGGGGAGACUGCGAAUUUCUUCUGGCAGAGCUUUGUGGACUACGGGCUAAAACACGAGGCGUUUCUCAAUCAGGUCUUGGAGCACGCAUUGGAACUGCAAAAUCAGACAGGCAAGCGGUGGUCGAAGCUAUACCAAAGCAUCGUGGGUUCGUUCGUUAAGCUUGGAAUGGAACGGCAAGCCGUAAAAUGGCACAAGCGUGUUCAAGGUGCCCACGGUCCUGCUAACGAUGAUGUCGCCGGGUGCUUCACAUUGGCCAUGUCCGACUCUGACAUCUCUGAAAAAGUGUCUGGUGGUUUCCGGGCGCGGAUGGCCGCCUUUCGAGCAAUAUGCAAGCAUACAGAUGGCCACCGGGUAUACGGCCAUGUGAUAUCUGCUUUGAUGGCUAGCGGAAAGUCCAAAGAACUACUUCGAAUGCAUGAAUUUCUUAUCGGUCAAGGCGAUCACCCCCGUUCCCUCGAGGAGGUGCAACCAUUGCUAGAGUACGUGCGGUAUUUCUCCAACAGUACCACGAGGAGCAGACUGCGGCGUUACUUGGACGAACGAUUUGCACCUGAAGAAGCAAUUGAUUCCGGCAUGCCCUGUGCAGUGGAAUCUGCUCCGGAGGUGGAUGUCAAAUCUGAGUCUGACGAUAAUGGGUUGAAAGACGAAUUUGGAGCUCGGAUCUUUGCUACCAAGGCUCUAUCUCUCGACAUGAUUAUCUCCGGUUUAAAGACGUUCCGUGUUUCAGCCAUCGGUCCGCAGUCAUUGCGCGAAUUGGCCAGGCGAGCCGGUGGGAGCCAGGAUUUACUAGCAAAGCUUGAGCAGCUUGAGCAAAGCAAUAUUUCUAUAGGGAACAGCGUUUUCGUCCGACUCCUGCGCCAGCUUGCCAGCUACCACGAAGAAAUACUUCUUUCCGACCUGAUCCACAGUGAUCAACAUCAUGACGUGCUUGAGGAUGCUGAGACCCAAUCGUCACUACUAAUAUCACAUUAUGCCGCUGGAGAUUUGCGACAAUAUAAUCUUACCCUGGUGGUACUCAAAGAGCUGCUUGGUGAAGGUCCAGAGAUGUUGAGAAUUCAUUUUCAAAAACAUAUUGCAGCCGGGGAGAAUGAUUUGGCCGCCAGCAUAGUGGCUGAGAUGCUCGCUCAAGGCUCUACCUUGACGAAAGAAACCAUGGGUUUCAUGAUCACCUAUCUUUUUGGCCCCCGGAGACCAGGGCGUAGGCCAGUCAACCAGCCCAAUCUCCGCUCGACACAUACCCUACAAUCUGCUUUCAAAUAUGUACAAAACAUUGCAUUGGCAGGUACGAAUGUUCCCGUGGAACUCUGGAUUGAAGUGGUCAAGCGAUAUGGCAUGAUCGCACGUUGGGGGGAGUUGCGCGCCUGCUGUCUCUGGCUGACCCGCCGCUAUGAUCCCCGAGUCCCGGGGAAUGACCCGUUGAUCCUGCAACGAAUCUUCAACCCACAAAUGCAAGAAGCAAUAGUUAGCUGGGGGUUCAUCAUAGAGCCACCCACCAUGUUACGGAUGAAGGGCUUCCACGCGACCGGAAUGCAGGGUGAACCUUUGGUCCCAUUUGUUCGAGGCAUAUUGCUCCUGCGUGAGCUGCGAGAGAAAGGUGUCCACGUCAAGUCAUCACUCAUUGGUCAAGUCAGCGAGAGGCGCCUUAUUAUGCUUUAUAGUCAGACGCCUUUCUUUUCCAACCGAGCCAGGAACCGUGAGUUACGGAAGGAGAACCCUUAUCUACUCUCUCGGGUAAUUGAAGAUAUCAAUUGUGCCUGGGGGCAGCCGUAUCUAUAUGAUCGUUUACGAAAGGAGUCCUUGAAGUCGAUUCUCCAGAACGCUUCUCCGAAGCUCACGCCUCGACAUCGGGCCGAUCGAGCUAAUAUGUGGAAAUACAUGGACAAAUACGGCGAUAUCAGUCAAUAA